GGCAAGAGUCUUGUGCUUCUAACAAGCUAUGGUACAGAUGGAGGAUGCGGUCACAAUUUUGUGGACAUGGACAUUAUUUUAGCCAGAGGACGCGAUCCUGGGAGGAGAUCUGACCUCUGUUGGGGGCUGGCUUCAAGCUCGUGCUACAGUAUUGGUUACAGUAGCUUGCGGCCAGCUUGGAGGUGAGGACCACAGAGAGUAGGCAUCUACUCAUCUUGGAUCAGUCCCUCUCCAUUCCUCCAUCACAGCUCAGAGUGGAGGCAGUGCCAUGGACCACAGUAAGCAGAGCCUUACUGAUGUUGGAUCACCCCCUACCUCUAUCACAGCUCAAAGUGGAGGCAGUGCCAUGGACCACAGUAAGCAGAGCCCUACUGAUGUGGGAUCACCCCCUACCUCUAUCACAGCUCAGAGUGGAGGCAGUGCCAUGGACCACAGUGAGCAGAGCCCUACUGAUGUGGGAUCACCCCCUACCUCUAUCACAGCUCAGAGUGGAGGCAGUGCCAUGGACCACAGUGAGCAGAGCCCUACUGAUGUGGGAUCACCCCCUAUCUCUAUCACAGCUCAGAGUGGAGGCAGUGCCAUGGACCACAGUGAGCAGAGCCCUACUGAUGUGGGAUCACCCCCUAUCUCUAUCACAGCUCAGAGUGGAGGCAGUGCCAUGGACCACAGUGAGCAGAGCCCUACUGAUGUGGGAUCACCCCCUACCUCUAUCACAGCUCAGAGUGGAGGCAGUGCCAUGGACCACAGUGAGCAGAGCCCUACUGAUGUGGGAUUGCCCCCUAUCUCUAUCACAGCUCAGAGUGGAGCCAGUGCCAUGGACCACAGUAAGCAGAGCCUUACUGAUGUGGGAUCACCCCCUAUCUCUAUCACAGCUCAGAGUGGAGGCACUGCUGCAGUACCAGUGAUACAUCAAUCUACUGUUGAAUCAGUGACUGUCAAUUAUAUCUUCCAGUCUGAUAACAAAAGUAUUACCCCAGGAACUGAGCAGGAGACAGGGCUGGGAGGCACACAGAAAGACAACCUACAAGGAAACCUGAAGAAAGAAACAAGAGAAUCCAUAAUAAAAGACCAACAUAACCUGAAAGAGUAUCUGAAGAAUCUUUUUGACCGCAUAUUUCAAAGUUCAGCAGAACAGACCCUCCCCAAUGAGAUCUAUACAGAACUCUACAUCACAGAGGGGGGAAGUGGGGGGGUCAAUAAUGAGCACGAGGUCAGACAGAUUGAGACGGCAUCCAAGAGACAAACCACCCAGGAGACUCCAAUCCUCUGCAAUGACAUCUUUAAGCCUUUACCUGGCCAAAAGAAACGCAUCAGAACUGUGCUUACAAAGGGCAUCGCUGGCAUUGGGAAAACCGUCUCUAUGCAGAAGUUCAUUCUGGACUGGGCAGAAGGAAAAGCCAAUCAGGACAUUGAUUUUAUCUUCCCUCUUCCUUUCCGUGAUCUUAAUUUGGAGGAGAGAGAAUUUAGUCUGGUGGAACUUCUCCAGGAUUACUUUCCAGAACUUACUUUCCUGAAUAAUUUUUCCCCAGAAGAGAUUAAAAUGAUUGAUCAUGAGGUAAAGGUUUUGUUCAUCUUUGAUGGUCUAGAUGAGUGUCGACUUCCUCUAAAUUUCGAGAGCAAUGGAAUUUGGCGUAAUGUAGAAAAACCAGCCUCAGUGCAGAAGCUACUGAGAAAUCUUAUUGCGGGGGUAUUGCUUCCCUUUGCUCUCGUCUGGAUCACCUCCCGACCAGCAGCAGCCAGUCAGAUUCCACAGAAGUACAUCCACCGAGUGACAGAGGUACAUGGGUUCAAUGACCCACAGAAGGAGGAGUACUUCAGAAAGAGAGUCAGCGAUCAGAACCAGGCCAGCAGAAUUAUCUCACACUUGAAGUCAUCCAGGAGUCUCUACAUCAUGUGCCACAUACCAGUCUUCUGCUGCAUUUCUGCUACUGUUCUGGAGACAAUGUUGGAUGAAACUGAGAGUGGAGAUGUGCCCAAAACUCUGACUGAAAUGUACACGCACUUCUUGCUCAUUCAGACCUGUAUGAAGCAUGAGAAAUAUCAUGGCUCCAAUGAGACAAACCCAGAGAAAUUGUCAGAUAUAGAAAUCAUCCUGAAACUGGGGAAGCUGGCCUUUCAACAGCUGAAAAAGGGCAAUCUGAUAUUCUAUGAGAAGGACCUGAGGGGGAGUGGCAUUGAUGUCAGCGAAGCUUCAGUGUACUCUGGUGUGUGCACAGGGAUCUUUAAAUUUCAGCGUGGGUUACAUAAGGAGAAUGUCUACUGCUUUGUGCAUCUGACCAUUCAGGAGUUUCUGGCUGCCUUGUUUGUAUUUCAUUCAUGUGUAAAUGAGAACAGAAAUGUACUCAGAGCUCAAUUUCACAUUGGCCAAGUGCAGCUGUCUGAGUUACACAGAAUGGCAGUGGAUCAGGCCUUAGACAGUACAGAUGGACACUUAGACCUUUUCCUCCGAUUCCUUCUUGGCUUGUCUCUGGACACCGUUCAAAGUCUCUUUGGAGAACAACUGACACAGACAGGACGCAGACACAAGAAGUCUUUCUUUCAAAGACUAUGGACACCGACAGAAAGCAGAUCAGAGAGCACUCAGAAAACAGUCCAGUACAUUAAGCAGAAGAUCAGAAAGGAAUCUUCAGCAGAGAGGAUUAUCAAUCUGUUUCACUGUCUGAAUGAACUGAACGACAACUCUCUUGUGGAGGAAAUCCAGAAUUCCCUGAGAUUGGGAAAACUUUCUGAUAAACAGCUGGAACCACACCAAGUUUCAGCUCUAGCCUUUGUGUUACUGAUGUCAGAGGAGACCCUGGAUGAGUUUGACUUGAAGACCUACCACAAAUCAGCAGCAGGUCGUCAGAGGCUGAUACCAGUGGUCAGGAACUGCAAGAAGGCCAUACUGAGCGCCUGCAACCUCACAGAGACGUCCUGUGAUAUUGUGGCCUCAGCUCUCCAGUCAUCAAACUCACCCCUGAGAGAUCUGGACCUCAGCAUCAAUAAGCUGAGCAUUUCAGCAGUGGAGCGGCUCUGCGCUGGCCUGACAAGUCCAAACUGUAAUCUACAGAAACUGGCACUGAGCACCUGCAACCUCACAGAGACGUCCUGUGAUAUUGUGGCCUCAGCUCUCCAGUCAUCAAACUCACCCCUGAGAGAUCUGGACCUCAGCUUCAAUAAGCUGAGCAUUUCAGCAGUGGAGCGGCUCUGCGCUGGCCUGACAAGUCCAAACUGUAAUCUACAGAAACUGGCGCUGGUUUGGUGUUAUCUCACAGAGGGCUGCUGUGAUGUUCUGGCCUCAGUCCUGCACUCUCCUCACUCAGAGCUGAGAGACCUACAGCUCGAUUUCAACAACCUGCAGGAUUCAGGAGUGAGAGCGCUCUCUGCUGGACUGGAGAACCCACACUGUAAACUACAGAGACUGGGGCUGGGUCAUUGUAAUCUCACAGAGGGCUGCUGUGAUGUUCUGGCCUCAGUCCUGCACUCUCCUCACUCAGAGUUGAGAGACCUACAGCUCGAUUUCAACAACCUGCAGGAUUCAGGAGUGAGAGCGCUCUCUGCUGGACUGGAGGACCCACACUGUAAACUAGAGAUACUGGGGCUGGGUCGGUGUAAUCUCACAGAGGGCUGCUGUGAUGUUCUGGCCUCAGUCCUGCGCUCUCCUCACUCAGUGCUGAGAGACCUAGAGCUCAGAGGCAACAACCUGCAGGAUUCAGGAGUGAGAGCGCUCUCUGCUGGACUGGAGGACCCACACUGUAAACUACAGAGACUGGGGCUGUCAGACUGUCGAGUCAAACGGAUAGGCUGUGAUUCUCUGGCGUCAGCUCUGCGUUCAAACCCCUCACACUUGAGACAGUUGGACCUGGAAGAAAAUGACCUAGGAGGCUCACAAUUGAGAGCACUCUCUGCUGCUAAACCGGACACACUCACACUGCUGCUGUCAGACUGUCGAGUCAAACGGAUAGGCUGUGAAUCUCUGGCGUCAGCUCUGCGUUCAAACCCCUCACACUUGAGACAGUUGGACCUGGAAGAAAAUGACCUAGGAGGCUCACAAUUGAGAGCGCUCUCUGCUGCUAAACCGGACACACUCACACUGCUGCUGUCAGACUGUCGAGUCAAACGGAUAGGCUGUGAUUCUCUGGCGUCAGCUCUGCGUUCAAACCCCUCACACUUGAGACAGUUGGACCUGGAAGAAAAUGACCUAGGAGGCUCACAAUUGAGAGCGCUCUCUGCUGCUAAACCGGACACACUCACACUGCUGACCAGGACCAGGACCAGGACCAGGACCCACCUUUGAAAUUGGUCUCUCUCAGCACUCAGGGAGGAUCUUGGCAGCAAACAAACAAACGGCCCCCGUUCUUUUCCUCCUUUGUAGGAUAAAUUCACAGAACAAGGUGUUCUAUCUCUGUUCUAUGACAAAUCAAUCGCAAGUCAAAAUCAGAUUAAACCGUCAAACUGUCAGAGUUGAGCAAGCUGGUUCCUCCAAAACACUCAAAAGCUUCAUGUCAAAGGUAUACCAAUAUGUAUGCUGCCUAUUACUCAUGUACUCAAUAUGUAUGCUGCCUAUUACUCAUGUACUCAAUAUGUAUGCUGCCUAUUACUCAUGUACUCAAUAUGUAUGCUGCCUAUUACUCAUGUAAUCAAUAUGUAAUCCAGUGAACCUAUAUAAUUAAUUACGGAUGAGCUAAUGGAAACGCAAGAAACCACAGUGUCAACUGUAGAAAAAAAGCAAAAGAAUGCGUCUGGCUGAAAAACCACACUUACUCAUUUAGAAGAAAACAUUAAUCAAAUAUUAAAUAUGAUUAAGUAUGCCUGUAUAUUUUCAAACUGAUAAACUGCUCAGUUGUGCUAGUGCAAGUACACAGUGACCCA